CUUUUUUAUCAUACGUGUAUGUGUCAUAUCUUGUGAUCCUUUUACUUCCUGGUAAUGCAAUGGAAUAAGGCUAUUUGCUCCUUUAAAAAUUAUACAAAUCAUGUAGAAAAUCAAAUAAUGGAAGGCCGAUUGGUGCAGAUCGAUCAAAUAACUUUGAAAGGUUCACCUUAACCUUUUGGCAUCUGUGACCCUGUUUGCAUAACAAAAUUUAAAGUGCAUGAGUACAAAAAAAUACUUUUGAGGUCUAACCUUUCGGGUAUGGCAUCUGCUAGCAAUUUUUGUAAUCUUUGUGAAGAGGAAGAUGUUUUCAAUGUUGCAGUUGUUUGGUGUGCUGAUUGUGAGACUUUUCUUUGCAAAGACUGUGAAAGGCACCAUGGCAGAAUUAAAGCUUCAAAAGGGCAUCAAACUAUAACCCUGGAGGAGUAUAAAAAACUGCCUUCGUUUAUUGUUAAUAUAAAAAGUCGCUGUGAAAAGCACGAUGAAAAGUAUAACUUUUAUUGUAAAUUCCACGGCGACCCUUGCUGUGUAAAGUGCAUAAAAGACAACCAUAAAGAUUGCAGGGGUUUAGACUCAUUGGUUGAAGUGUUAAAGGAUAUCAAAACAUCCGCUAAAGUUUCAAAUUUGGAAAAAGAGUUGAAAAUUUUACUUGAAGAUUUUGAAACAGUAGUCAAACAUUUAAAUUCUAGAAUAACCGUCCUCCAGGAAAACGAAUCAGAAUCUCUUAAGGAAAUACAAAAUCUGCGUGCCUCAAUAAAUAAUCAUUUAGAUAAUAUAGAAAAGAAAAUAGUGGAUGAUUUAUCUAUGGAAUUCAAUAAGAUUAAACUGAAAUCAUAUCAUCUUUCCACUGAAAUUGGGAACAAAAAAGAAGUUAUUCAAAUUUUGCAAAAUGACCUCUUAAAAAUGAAAAUGUAUGCGACAGACCUUAAAACCUACGUUGGUUUGCAGUACUUGGAGAAAUAUAUAUCGCCAGAAGUUGAAUAUCUACAUGAUUUGCAAAGCAAGGGUCAGUUGGAUGACAUUCGUAUUGAGUCGAAACUAUCUUUCGAUUUAAAAUGUCUGACAAAUAACAUAAGAACAUUUGGCACUGCAAUAACGCAUGCAUCUGCAUGUACUUUGAAGCUAAAAACCUCUUCCGCAGAUCAGGUGCAUCAGUCAGUUUCACCUUUAUUAACAAUUGAUAAUAUUAACCCGAACCUGAAAACAACAUUGAAAAUUCCGAAGAUUGUAAGAAAAUUAGAAAUACACGGUUGUCAGGUUUUACCUGAUGGUAGAAAACUUAUUCUAGAUUUUGCUAGUAAAAGUUUGCUUUUGUUUUCGAAAGAUGGCAGAUUCACUGAAACUGUGACAUCAUUCUACGGCCAACCAUCUGACGUUUGUUUCAUCAAAGGCAAUUUAAUAGCUGUGACAAUUUUCAACCUACACAAAAUUUUGCUAAUUGACAUAGAAAAAAAAAUCAUUACAAGGACUAUUGAAGUAGAAGAUUUUUGCUAUGGAAUCGACAGCAACGGUAAAAAACUGGUAGUAACAUUACAUUCUACAUGUAGCGAACGCGGAUACCUAACAACACUUGAUCUUGAGGGAAAUAUUUUAUCCAGUAUAAGAGUACUAGGAGAAUUUACUCUCCGUUUGUCGCUGCUUAAAGAUAAUAUCGUUGUUACAAACUGGAAUGCAAAUGUUAUAUCUUGCUACACCAACAACGGGGUCUUAUUAUGGAGAAACAAACAUGAAGAUAUUCGAGAACCAUUUGGGAUAGCAGUUGACAAACAUGGAUUCAUAUUUGUGGCAUGCAGGGCAAAUGACAGCAUUUUAGUAUUAUCAGAAGACGGGAUGACGAGUAAAACAAUCCUGUCAAAGGAAAAUGAAAUUGAUAAACCAUAUGCAAUAAGUAUAGACAAAUCAUCAUCUACUCUUCUUGUUGCAAAUCGUUCUAAAAGUAAAGCCUUCGUGUAUGAAAUUUAGAAAGAAAACAAAACAGUCGUAUAUUCCACUGGUUGAAGUAGUUCCAUUGUGUAGGUCAUUUUGAAAUUGUAUAUGUUGUAGUUGUGCCGUUGUAAACUGAAUUCUGUAACCAAGCAUUAUAAAAAAGAUUAUUUCUACUGGGAUAUAUUCUUACGUAAACGUUAUGAUUUAUUAUUUUAAAAAAAAUUGCCAAAGAGGACGUUCGAAAUGAAAAAUAAAAAUUUCAUCACUGUUUAAUUUAAUUAGCAAAAUCACAUUUUUAGACUGCAGUAUACAUUAUAAGCACUGGGUCGAUACCUCUUUUAGUCCCCGAGGGUAUCAUCAGAUCAGUAGUCAGUAUUUCGGUACUAACAUGAUUUAUUACAAACCUUCUUAAAUUGUCCGCUAACAAAUUUUGGAAUUUUAAAGAAAUUGAGGUUUCAACUCCCUCAGACAAAGUUGACCUUGAAUUUGACUAUUUUUAGGUACUUUUGGUUACUAUUAAACAGUUUUUCUUCAA